AUGCAAUUGCUUCUCGCAACCAGGUGUCGAAAUCAAGUUGCGUCAACAACGCUCUCCCUUACUACGCAACCUUCGUCGCCAACCAGUGCCCGCUUUUGCCCCCCCCCCCCAAAGGCCCCCCCCCCUCCGGUCCAACCUCCGCCAAAUCCCCCCCUCCACCGCUGCAACCACCCCCUCUGGCGAACCCGCCCCCGAGCAACCCCCUCCGGACAAUCCCCCUCCGGCCCCCCCUUACAGCCGCCGCCAAACCAGCCCCCUCCGCAAAAGCCUCCACCUUCGCUCCCCCCCCCUCCUUUCCAAGCGGUUCCGCCCCCCCCUCACGCGCCAUGCGACGACUCGUGCAGCGGCAGUCUCGGCAGCGGUACAAUCGUCAUUUCAAUCUCAACGCGUGGGCGAAACUUCGAUUUCCUGGAUGGGGGGUCGAGCACGCCCGCGAUCAAAACCCCCGUUGCCGUCAGCACCUUCGACUUCGGAAACACCCCCCCGGCAGUGUUUACGGACGUCAGCGCGGCCGCGACUUCGUAUGUCGCGGCCUCGGCGCUCGUUCUGACGCAAACCCCGGCGGAUAGUUCCGGUUCCGCUCUGUUCUUUGCGCCAGAUUCCGGCACGCUGGCGUUUCCGGUGUCCGGCCCGGCGCCCAGCGGAUCGGUCUACAUGAUCUCCGGCGCCCAAGCGAUGGGCUGCUCAGCGAGCGACGCGUGGCAGGCGGCCACCGGCGCCGCCGCGCGCGCGUGCACGUGGCGUGCGACGCCCGCGGGGCUCUACGCGCGCUAUGACGCAGUCUCGAACACGGCUGCCACGUCAGCACUUCGCCCGGAGAACUGGGGGGGCAUCUACGGGUUGUAUCUCUUCAAGAAAGCGGAGGUCGUGGUGCCGAGCAGUACCGUGACGGUGGAUCCCGCCAACGCGACCAGCAUUCAGGGGGUCGCCGGAAGCACGGAAAUGGGGGGGGUAUGUGGAUACGCGGCGUCAGUGUCGGGUACCGAGGGCGUCACCGGGUUCGCCGCUUAUUACCCCGGGGAGAUACACCCGGUCAACACGUCGCCUUCCGUUUCCGGCGAGGGCGGUUCUCGCCGGAAGCUCCUGUCAACGGAACGAACGGUGCCCGUUGCGUCUGGCCUUCUGUUUUUGAAGCAAGGGAACCGGACGUAUGGGCCCGACAGCGGAUCGCUUAUGUUCGGGGGCGUAAGCGAUGCGGGCGUAGAUUCGUUCUCUCUCUCCGCAUUUCAAUACAACAAUUGCACGCCACGACAGCUGGACAGCGUUACGGGCUUCGACGGAUGCGUUUGGACUCAAGUUCCGCACAGCAUCACGCUCAAUUAUAAUGCUACGGCGCAAACUAUGGUGUUGGAGAACCUCGGCAAGGGCAUGUGCAAUAACGUCUACAUGCUCUUGAGCGUUUCCUCUGUUCCCCCGCCCCCCCCUCCCCCUCCAGCUAUUACGUCGUCCCCCCCCCGGGUGAAUGCGUCUGGAAGCAGCGGCGGAUUCCUGGUGCCGCUGUUAGGGGCCAUUGCUGGCGUGUCGGUCGUGAGCGGUCUCGUGUUUAUAGCAGCAGGUGGGAGGUGCAAGUCACGUAGGGACUAA